CAGGCUUUAGUUUGAGCAUUGACUCGAGAUUGCCUUUUCAGCUACUUUAAAUCAUGUCGCCUACAGCACUCCCAGCAGCGGAGAAGCGUAUGCAUUCGAUCCCUUCAGGGAAUAACCCCUCGCAACAACCUCCUGCUCAACGUCAACGCACUAAUCAUAAUUCACGCCAUGCAGCUCCUCGCAGUGGAGAUACCACUGCCAGCAAUGGUGAUGCUCCGACUGCUCAAUCCAAACCUCGUCCUCCGAGGGUUAUUUCCCACUUUUUGCUCUCCAAAACACUGGGCCAGGGAUCGAUGGGCAAGGUCAAGAUUGCCACUUGCACCAACACUGGUAAACAGUAUGCAUGCAAAAUCGUUCCUAAACCAUUAAGGGAUGCCUCUGCGCCAAACCCAUCUCUGAUUGCUGGCCCUACAAGUCUUAUUAGUGCUGUGCCUGGUGCUGAGCGUGACUCGACUCAGUUGGUGAACAAACUAGAACUCGAGGAUCAGCGUAUUAUCCGUGAAAUCGCCAUCACACUGCUGCUUUCUCACCCUAAUAUUGUCCCAUUGUACGAAGUGGCAGUCUCGCAUGACUACUAUUAUCUGUUUUUUGAACACAUUGACGGUCCACAGAUGCUUGAUUUUAUUAUUUCUCAUGGGCGGCUCAAGGAAAAGUUUGCUCGCCGAUUUAUGCGUCAAAUCAUAUCUGCUGUUGAUUAUUGCCAUCAAAACUCGAUUGUGCAUCGCGACCUCAAGAUUGAAAACAUUCUCAUUGACAAGAAUGGCCAGAUCAAGCUGAUUGACUUCGGACUUGCUAACCUCUACAAUCCCAACUCCCUUUUAUCCACAUUUUGUGGCAGCUUAUACUUUGCUGCCCCUGAACUUCUUUCUGCGCGCAAAUAUGUUGGUCCUGAAGUGGAUAUGUGGAGUAUGGGCGUGAUUCUCUACGUACUUGUGUGCGGCAAGGUGCCGUUUGACGACAGCAGUCUUCCAGCUUUGCAUGCAAAAAUUAAAUCUGGAAAAGUCGAGUAUCCAAGCUUUUUGUCCGAUGAAUGCAUUCAUUUACUAUCUACUCUUUUGCAUCUAGAUCCAUCUCAGCGUGCCACUAUAUCUGAUUUGCAAUGCCAUCCUUGGAUUUUAAAAGAAAAAGAAACGUUUCCCAAGACUUUGAUUCCUGUUCGUCAGCCAUUGACUGCACCCUUUGAUGAUGAAGUGAUUGAGCGUAUGUGUGGAUUUCAACUUGGCACCAGUAAUGAAAUAGUGGAGCAUUUAAUGCUUGCCAUCAAUGGUGUUUCCAACGCUAGUCCGGAUGGAUUACAGCAUCCGUUGGUUCAGUCUCAGCGCCUAAACUGUCCGUCACAUGCUAUUGUGUCCAUCUAUUAUUUAGUAAGCGAAAAACUGGAAAAGGAGCGUAAUGCACGCAUUGCAGAAGCAGCUGCCAUGGCUAAAUCUAUGGAUCAAAACGGCACUCUACUUGAGCCACCUUUGCCUAAGCUUGCAAAUAUUGAGUCUCAAUCAAUUGCUUGUCCCUUGCCAGAUUUAAUCAGAAUACCAUCAAGCACGGCCGUGCCCACGUCGGACGCAUCACCCGCUCCUGCUCCAGUUCCACAAGAAGUCUUUGAGCAGGAAAUCGAAGAUACUGCCAUGAGACGUACCCAAUCGCUUUCGACACGGAUCUCUCCAGGAGAACGAGAAUCGGCUAGCAUGGAUGCAGCACAGGCUCCACACUCUGCAUACACAGCGGCUGCGCGUACAGUCAACUACAACUAUUUAUCCAGACCGGCCAUGAAAGAAGGUGAUACAUCUAUAUUUGGUACAUUCUCUCGUCGUAAACGAAAAAAUAAACCCAGCAAUCUUGUUCCGGUCGAACAUGACGGAACCCAAAUGGAAUCUGACGCUGUAGUGCCUUUGAAUGAAAACAUGCAACCCCAAUCUCGGUCUUCAGCAAUGGACACAGUACCUUGUGCGUAUGAUCAUCUACCAGAGACUCCAACUGAAAAGCAAAAAGAAACAAAGGGCUUUUUUUCAACUCUCAUACACUCGCUUACUCGUCGUCGUAAGGAUAAUCAACCAUCUAAUGAAUUCGAGUCCACUCCUAAUACUGCAUCGAGUACUUCUCCACCUAAUCUUGACACCCCUAAUACUCCAGAUUGUGGCGAAAAUCAAUCUCCUCGUGCAUCCAAUGUGUCUGGAACAAGUGGUAGAAGUAUGCUUCCACAAUAUGCGCCGUCGAUUCAUAAUUCGACUGGAAAGUCUUCUAAUCUUGGUUUUGGCAGCGUAUUUCGCAAUCGUUCAUCCUACAUGGGCGAUCCCAAAUCUACUGAUCUUUCCGAGUCCACGUCUGCUCCUGCUGGACAAUUGGAUGAUAAAAUCAAGUAUAUUUAUUUCAAAGGCUUUUUCACAGUCAGAAACACCUCUGCUCAAGAUCCGGCGGAUAUUCGACGAGACUUUUUGCGAGUUCUUCGCAUCCUAUCUGAACGUCAAGGCAUUACUUACCUGGAGCGUUCUGGUGUCAUUAUAGUUGAAUUUCCAGCACCCACUGCUCCCAGCAAUAUGUCUCUUUUCCGUGGCAAAAGCAAAGGAGAUGUGCGUGGUUCUUUUGGGUCUCCUUCCUCUUCCCGUUCUGCUGGGCUUUCUCCAGCAUAUGCAAGUGAUGGCUAUAACGCUUACUCUCAAGAACCGAAUGCACUGUCUCCUAUUUCACCCCAACCGCCUGUUCUUCCUGAUAUGCCAACACCUGCCGAGUUUGAUAUUUUAUUAGAUGCUUCUCCUGAAAACUCUUUAAAGACAGAUUCAUUACAGCAGACUGGAACACAUAUUAACAAGCCGCUUCCUCCUGCCUUGACCAAACCCAUUCGCGACUUUUCCUAUAUCACAGCCAACAGCAGCAACGCAGACACGGGAAGCAUGAAUUCCGAGACUCCGCGCACAAGCUCAAUCACCUUCAAUGGUACACCUAGUCGUAACUCCACUAACAGUAUGAUUCCACCUCGUGGUAUUUCUAAUCCUGCUGCUCAGCUCAGUCGUCUGCCUGCAUAUCAAACAGCGCGUUUUGAGAUUGAGCUGUGCAAAAUUACUUGGAGCGGACUGCAUGGUGUCCAGUUUCAUCGCAUUGUAGGAGAUUCGUGGCAAUAUAAGCGCAUGUGCCAGCAGAUUCUGGAUAUGCUGAAGCUUUAA